AUGCGCGUCAACACAGCUGCCCUUGUGGCAUCCCUUGCUUUCGGGCCUGCCAGCGCGAUCAACAUUGUUUCAUCCAACGACGAUGGCUGGGCCGAGGUCAACAUCCGUGCCCUCUUCCAGUCACUGAUAGCCGGAGGCCACUCGGUCGUCGUCUCGGCUCCUGCUCAAAACGAGAGCGGAACUGGCUCCUCCCAAAAGACUCCGACUGCCCUCACCGAAGCUUGCGAAUUCAAUAGCUGUCCACCUGGCAGUCCUGCCGUAGGACAUAAUGCGUCGGAACCCCGGCUUAACUAUGUCAAUUCGUACCCAGCCACCUCGAUGAAAUAUGGCAUUAACUCGAUAGGCCCCCAAUUCUUUGAUGGCGCUCCUGAACUUGCUGUAGCUGGACCAAAUGUCGGCAAUAACAUUGGCUUGGCCGUUCUACUGUCCGGGACUGCUGGGGCGGCCACUUAUGCUGCUCACACUGCAGGGAUCCCCGCGAUCGCCUUUUCAGGAGCAACGGGGUCACAAACUGCCUGGAGUGCAUCGUCAACUUUCCCGCAGUACACUCAAGUAUAUGCUGACCUUUCGCUUAACCUGACCGAUUCUCUGGUUGCUUCCGGGAAGCCGUAUCUGCCCGACGAUGUCUGGCUCAAUGUCAACUUCAACUCUGUUUCCUCUGAUUGCGCCAAGGCAGAGGACUUUUCAUUCGUUCUUUCACGUAUCCAUGUUGCGGUGCCUUUCAUCACCCCUGAUGAUGUGACAACUUGCGGUAGCUCGCGUCUCCCGAAUGAGAUCGAGGUUUCGUUGAAGUCAGGUUGCUACGCUAGCGUGUCGGUGGGAAUGGCAGGAACCAAGGAUGAUGCCAAUGCCACAGUACAGGCAGUCGUUCUCAAAAAGUUGACUAACCUGCUCACCUGUCUGCCUUGA